ACCAAUCAGAAAGACCAAUAGUGAUGGUGCUGGCCGGCCAUUGGCCAGGUGUCGACAGCUCCUGUGACUUAAAGGUGUGAAGUUGGCGGGUCUUACACACUUCCAGCACAGCUGUGCUUAGCUCGAGUCGCAGCCUCGUGAACACAUAGCACAUAGACUCUACAUUGGAAUCUUAUCCCAAGUGAACCUGUCGGGAUAGUUUUGUGCUGACCAUACAGAAUGCCGCGUCCUUCACGUGAGAGUUACGGGGAUCAGAAGCCGCCGUACUCGUACAUCUCCCUGACGGCCAUGGCCAUCUGGAACAGCCCGGAGAAGAUGUGCACGCUGGCAGAGAUCUACAAGUUUAUUAUGGACAACUUCCCCUACUACCGCAAGAACACUCAGCGCUGGCAGAACUCCCUGCGCCACAACCUCUCCUUCAACGACUGCUUCAUCAAGAUACCCCGCCGGCCAGACAGGCCCGGCAAGGGCGCCUACUGGACUCUACACCCGUCCGCCAUGAAUAUGUUCGAGAACGGCAGCUUCCUCCGCCGCAGGAAGAGGUUCAAGAUACCCAGGGACGAGAAGGACGCCAUCAAUGUCGGCAUGACGCCCUUCAACGGAGUUCAGCAUCCUGAAGACCUUCCCGUAGGAGUUCCUCGUGAUUUGGGCCACAUCGCUCAGGAGUUGGGCCAUCACUUUGAGUGUGGGGGCCACCUGGGCCACCAUAUGGAGUGUACGGGUCUUCACAUGGAGUGUGCGGGCCAAAUGGGCCACCAAAUGGAGUAUGCAGGACACCAAAUGGAGAGUGCGGGCCCCAUGGCCAACACGCCCGCCCUCUCAGCGCCCACGCCGCCCAAGCGCCAAGCUUUCACCAUCGAGAACCUGGCCACCAGCGACGCCCGCCCCACGCCCGAACCCGCGCCUAUACAACCCUUCCUGUCGCCAGUGGCCGCGGGCCAGUACCACGCCCACCUGCACCACGGCCUGGGCGGGGUACCAUCCGCCAUGUACCCCACCUGCGUACCUGCUGCUCUACCACCGCACCACCACAACCUCUACUCAGCGGCCCUCGCCCUCAAUCUGAGCGUGCCCACGCCUCUCUACCCUGCCCCCGCGCCCUACAUACACGCCCUCCAGCCUCAGGACCUCCUACAACCACUUCCACCACACUACAACCAAGGUAUCUACGACGCCGUGAACUCCCUCUCCAAGUACGACUCGAGCGAGCCCAUCGACCUCUCCUCCUCCAUAGCCAGACCUCCGACAGACGACAAGGAAAACACCUUCAGGUUCUCCCCUACAGCGAGGACUGUGUGACCUCGCCCUCAGCCCUCAGGGUCACGCCCCAAGCUGACCUGUGACCUCACCGCCGGUGACGCCACCUUCAUCUGUGAUAGUCAUAUUCAUCAACACUCAUCCAUGUAUAGAUUUACUAUGUACAUAUAUUUAUAACAUUAUUCUUAAUAUUUAAUAAAUUAACUAUGAAU